AUGCGGGGUUGGCUUCUGACGCUGGCUCGAAGUAUGGGUCCCCCCAUCGACGAUGUGCGUUUUCCCAUGUCACCCAGCAAUAAUCACUUGACGGCACUUGACGCUCCACUCCCGGCAUCAUUCGACAGCCAGGGUAUCUCGCAUGUGGCUCGAUACGGUCCUGUGGCUGCUUCAAUGCCAUCGAAAUUUGGAUUGGAAUCCCCGCCCGCCCACCGACCCGGUCCAACAGACAUGUUCCGCAACCUCCGUGAUGUCAGCUAUUCAGACCUGCGCAAACAAUCGUCCAACAUCGGUUCUUCUCCUCCAGCUCCUGAGGAUACUAUUGGGCCUCGAUUCUUGCACUCUUCACGGCCCGUAAAACCCCGCAUGCUAUCCGCCAGUGUUCCCCGCCCAACUGGUCUUGAUGAUUGGGAUGAGAAUUUCCCUAUGGAGGAAGACUAUCUCCCUGUCAACUUGCACGAUGAUGUCCUCACUCCACAGGAAAAGCUUCGUCGCCUCUCUCGAACGGAUCAUGAUCUCGGAAGUAGCCAUCGCGACUUCAGCGGCCUCGGUAUGAGCAGCAGCUUUUCCAAGAAUGGAUCACCUCUCGCCUCAAGUCCAUCGCGUUUUGGCGCAUUGUUUGCCAAGCAACGUCAAAAGAAGGAGGAGGAUGCCAUUGGUUCCUCUUUCCAUCACAUUGGCUCACCGCUGCGUGAAUCGUCCUUGAAUCCUCUGGGAAGCCCGAGUCUAGGUCCCAUCGGUAGUAGCCGGGCUUCUCACGAUGGCUCGCCGUUUGUAUCUAGCCCUGGAAGACAAUCUUCUAUGUCCAUGAUCUCUGAGCAACUGGGUGGCAUGUCUCUCUACCCAGGUUCUACUCGACCACCCACGGUCCCAGGCCGCCUAGAUCGAACCAUCUCCUCCCCAAACACUACGAGCAAAAUUGAUAGCAAGAUUGAGGAAGAAGAUGCUAAUGACCUGGUCUUUUCCAUGGAGGAAGAGGAGGGCCACAAGCGCAACAGUUCGUCCUGGAACUCCGAGGAGACGAAGGAAAGCUCCAAUGACGCAUAA